AUGUCGCUAUUGAAACAGCGUAAAGAGGACUUUGUUUCAAAUUUAAAUGGUGGUACAUUGACGGAAGUCAAUUAUGUCACUUCCGUGGCAGUGGUGUCAUACUUUUGCUGGAACAUCUUUAAUUCGGCAUCUGGAGACGAAGGAGUGAAUAUAUGGGUAGAUUUCAUUCUGAACUGGGUUGCAUUACUGGCAUCCAUGACAUUAUAUGCUAAACAAACAGGACUUCUUAUGAGUUUGAUGUUGAUUCCAUGUGUCAUAGUUUAUUUUUGCUCCAAGGCCUUCACAUCGAAACCCCAUCCAAUUAAGCCAGUAAAGAAGGGCCCUACAAAGGAAAAAAUUCAAUUCAAAUUAAUUAAAAAACCGUACAUUACUGCGUAUAGAUCGCAUAUGUUGAUUGUGACGUGCUUAGCUAUUCUCGCGGUGGAUUUCAGGGUCUUCCCUCGCAGAUUUGCAAAAGUGGAAACAUGGGGCACGUCAUUAAUGGAUCUGGGUGUAGGUUCCUUUGUGUUCAGCAACGGAAUUGUAGCCGCACGUCCUCUGUUGAAGUCUAUAAAAAAACCCUCCUUUUUUAAAAGGAUUUUAGGAGCCGUUAGGUCUUGCCACACUUUACUGAUUUUGGGUCUGCUGAGAUUGUAUUUUGUCAAGAAUUUGGAGUAUCAGGAACACGUUACUGAGUACGGGGUUCAUUGGAAUUUUUUCAUUACUUUGUCUCUACUACCGAUUGUGCUUGUUUUUAUCGACCCAAUUGCAGAAUAUAUCCCAAGGUUUCUUAUUGCCCUGUCAAUUUCUUCGAUAUAUGAAUGGUUCUUAAUCAAAGACGACGUAUUCCUGACGUAUCUAAUUCUGGCAGACAGGACAGGCAUUGUCAGCGCAAAUAGAGAAGGCCUAGUGUCAUUCUUGGGCUACUGUGCAAUAUUUUUGUGGGGACAAAGUGUUGGAUUGUUUGUGUUAGGCAACACGCCGACAAAAAACAACUUCUAUAAGCGCUCUGUUACACCAUUGGAAAGUUUCAAGAAAUACUCGACCUGGGAAAGAAUCACCACAGUUACUCCACUUAAGGGUCUCUCCAUUUCCUUUGUGUGUAUGCUGGCUCUUACAAAGGGCGUCUUUGAAACUGACCCACGUACCGUGUCCAGAAGGUUCGCAAACCUUCCAUACACACUGUGGGUUGUUACCUUUAACAUUGGAUUUUUAAUGUGCUAUUGUUUGAUUGACAUGGUCUUCAAAAUUUCACUUACCGAGCCGAAAACUUCAGUUAUUUUGGAAUCAAUGAACUCUAAUGGGUUGAUUUUGUUCUUGUUGGCAAAUAUCAGUACUGGUGUAGUCAACAUGUCUAUGUCAACUAUUGAUGCUUCAACUGUCAAUUCUCUUUUGGUCCUCCUUGGUUAUUCAGGCUUUAUUGCACUGGUUUCCGUCGUUUUGUACAAAAUGAAGAUAUUUGUAAGACUGUAA